AACUAAUUGUUAGAACAUUUAUGCAAGCGGCCUGUGUUGUCCAUUUAGUAAGAUUAUUGUAAACUGGAAGUAAAAACGAAAAUCUCGACAGAUUGAGAAGACAAAUAUACUGAGAGCAUGUCGACGAAGCUGACUCAGGCUCACAAGGACCAGCUCUCUGAAUGGAUAACUCCAUCGAAAAGACACAAGUUUACUUUACUGUACAAGAUCAGCCGUGACGGAUGUAAUGCCCAGACCUUCCAUAGAUUCUGUGACUACAAGGGACCAACUGUUACUGUCCUGUACAACACUGAUAACUCUGUUUAUGGGGGAUACACCGCCGUCAACUGGGACUCUAAUCAAACCUCUAGUCCCGAGGUCAUUCUUCGAUGAUAUUCCGACCGGUGUUUGGAUCACUGAUUAUAACGCCUUUCUGUUUAAACUGGAGUACAAAGGUACUGCUCAGCCAAUGAAGUUCCCUAACGCUUCAAAUGGAUAUAAUGCAAUUUUUGGAAGCGAAAAUUAUGGUCCAACAUUUGGAAGUGGUCAUGACUUGCAUUGCUUCUCUGGAACUGUAAAUAAAUCCGGGAAUCAUUAUCCGUUAAAUGGUAGAGUCAACUUAGGACAAGUGUACAAUAUGCAGGGACAAGAUUUUAACAGUGUGAUGAACGGUCAUCUGAAUGUCCUAGACCUGAAGGUAUACAGUGUUCAAGAGCUAACAUUGGCAGAACAGAGAGAGGAGGAAGCACUAUUGGAAAAGCAGAAGAAAGCAAAACAGUUACUGGAGAAGCCUUGGAUUCAUAAUAUCGACUGGAGCACAACAUUUGAGGAGGAGAUGAAGAACAAAGUUACCACCUACAAACCCUUACCUGGACUUGACCUGCAGCAGGCGAGGAUCCUGUUGGUCGGACAGGUUGGGGCUGGGAAAUCUAGCUACUUCAAUACUAUCAACUCUAUCUUCAGGGGACAUAUCACCGGCCAGGCAAAUGCAGGAAGUGCUGAGCAGAGUCUAACAACAUCUUACCGGAUGUAUCAAGUAAGAGAUGGAUAUGCUGGCACAUUCCUUAACUUCCGGUUAUGCGACACACGUGGUCUUGAAGAGGACCAAGGUCUAGAUGAUCACGAUGUUGAUUAUCUACUUGAUGGCCACGUACCAAACAGGUACAAGUUUAACCCUGCCGUCCCCAUAUCUCCUGACACCAAAGGAUUUGUAAAGAACCCGACACUGUCAGAUAGGAUCCACUGUGUGGCUUUUGUUGUGGACGCUAGUACUGUGGACAUCAUGUCUGAAAAAGUGCUUAGGCGGAUCAAGGUCAUGCAGGCCCGGAUGAAUCAAGAAGGGAUUCCACAGGCCGUCGUCUUGACUAAAAUCGACAGGAUUUGUGAAAGAAUUUCAAAUGACGUCAGCAAAGUGUUUUUUAGUCGGGCGAUGAAAGAGUGUGUUGACAAGGUUGCCAUGUUGAUGGGUCUGCCACGGUCACACAUAUUACCUGUCAAGAAUUAUGAAUGUGAGGUGGAGCUUGAUCAGAACAUCAAUAUCCUGUCACUUGUCAGCCUCAGACGGAUUCUUGAUUUCGCUGAUGACUUCCUGUAUGAUAAGUUAGACGAACGUGAGGUUGCACAAAUGCAAAACAUCAAUAUCAGCGAAUAACUGGGAUAUCACAGGCCAUAGUACACAUCUCUUGCAAACACUCCAAUCUUUACAACUUUAGUAGUGAUACUAUAUAUAGACCGAGUGACAUGUAAAUAGUUCCGCCAUCAUCGUGUUAUUGUAGUUGUAUUGUUUUGUCUGUGUAGUGAAACACUAAUAUUUUAUGUAACCUGCAUGAAAAAUAGAUUAGGCAAAACCUGAAACUGAUGAUCUUACUCGAACAUUGAACAUAACUUUAGAAAAGCUUUUUAACUUUCUUUCUAUUCCAUUUCCGAGUACUCGGAUGAUUCAGUUAUGCUAUAUUUCAAUACUUCAUAAUAAGAAUUAAAGAUAAAUAACAAAAUCAA